CCCAGUGAUCGACGCAUGCGCCGAUUCAUGAGACCGCGCGCUGUGCAGAUUUGCGCCGUUUCAACAUUCCCUGCGGACUCGAAAUGCACACAUCUCUUCACAAAUGAGCCGUGGAACGCUUCAGCGGAGUGUGACCCUGCACUGCUGCUCUCGACGUCUUUUUUCCACGGCGCGUCGGCAAGAAGUCAACCUCAGAUGCUCGUCGUCGAGGUGUCGGAGGGCGCAAAAGUCGCAGCGGUUUUCGGCUCUUGUGACGCUGUCUUGUCUGAGGCUCGCUUUUCUCAGCUUUCGCGGGGGAGCGACGCAGCUCUCGUUGCUGGCGACUUUCUCGGCGCUCACAAGGCUCUGCGGUGCGGCGUGAGGUCCGCAACACAGCUUUCUUGCGUUUUCCGCGUGCAUCGAAUCUCGCCGAUUUGUCUGUCCCCGUCAGAGAGACGUCCGCGAACUGCGAACCGUAAAUUCCCUCAGAAUUCUGCAGCGUUCUCUCGCGACCUCGAGACCGAUCACCCUGCUCGAGAUUGAGGUCAAGAGAAACUGCGAGCCGGCACUGUGGAGGCAAAUCGAGGAGAGACAGAUAUGUCAACUUCGCAGUCUUUCACUCCGUUACCAUUAAGACGCUGCCCCCUAUGUAUAUAUAUAUAUAUAUAUGUGUGUGUGUGUGACGCUUCGGGACUUGUUGACGGGAAAUCAUGGCGGCUUUUUUCUGUACGAACCGCGCGGUGUGUUAGCUUUUUGAGAUUCCUUGACAGGCAUGCGUCGUCGCGUCGUGGUUUCCUUGACCCACGAGUGCUCGUGCUGCGGUGAAAGAAAGGAUCGAGUUUCGUGAGUUGCGCUGGCGUCCCGCAUGAGGAGUCCGAAGUGCGACCGUCUGUGCAGAGCCAAAGAAGGUUUGGGGAAGCUGGCCGCCGGUUGGUGGCUUUGAGAAUGCCCACAUCUUUUCCCUUGGUUUUCCGACUCCUCGCUGUCUGCGAGACAAGCGCCGUGACUCUGUCUCUGUCUGCGCACAAAAGCAGGCGUUUUCGCCUCUCUCUGCUCGCGACCGAAACCGCCGACGAUCACCUGGAGACAACGGUCCGCGCCGCUGAAACGCGAGCUGAACUUCGCUUCAGAGCAGUUUCGAUUCCAAAGCUACGGUGUUCCAAGACACUCAGAGACCUCCGCAGCUCUUCCAGACGUCAACACAAUACGACGUGAAGAACCAGAGCUCGAGACCCGGCGCCGACUGCAGAUCUCUUCCUUUCUGGCGAGCAAGAGGGCGCCCGACGGUCGAUACUUCCUUUUUAUGUUCCGUGCGAGGACCGCAGCUGUCCACUCAUCGCCGCUGCUCGCUUCACCUUUCGCUGUUCUUCAUCAGCGCAAACAGACACAGGCUCAUCCCUCCACUUGCCUGCGCGAGAAGCCAGCAAAGGAGAACUGGGCUGGACUGAGUUUUUCAACGAAGUCAAGCGUUAGAACUUCGAGUCCGUGGGACCGGUUCCUUCUUCGCAACAGCUGAAGCUCGACUGCCUUCUCUCGCUUCAGAAUGAGAGUCCUGGGCUCGCCGCAGUUGCCGUCGUUUCGCCUGUCGGACCGGGCGGGGGCGGUGAUAGCCAGGGCGCUCUCCUUUUCUUCUCUUCACAGACAGGUGACUCCUCCGACGUUUUUCUCCCCUCUCGUCUCGGUCAGGAUCUUCGGCGCAAACGCCUCAGGUGACUGCUCUGCAGAAACCCACAGAGGGCCGUGGCGACUUUUCAGUUCUUUUCAACAGCGUCAGCGCAUGCGGUCCAUGAGCUCGAGGGCCUCUGCGCAUGAGUCUGCAACCGGCGCGCCGGUCUCUGGGGAUGUCUCCGCAGAGAAGAAGGAAGGAACAGAGGCGAGAGACUGCAGAUGGCCGGAGCAGAAAGGUGGAGGCGACGGGGAAGCAGAAGACUCAAUGGCCCUCAACGAGAAGCGAAGUCUCCUUUCUCGCGUUCUGACGCUCGAACAGCGCGUCGGAGCUCUCGAAAGAGCCUUGAGAGAAAACGAACGACAGCUAAAGGAAUUCGUCAUCGAAAAAGUCCUCGAUCUAGAAGAUGAACUUCGCACGCUCGAUCCCCGGCACCACACAGUCUCCGCCGUCGGCUCCUCCAGUCGACCAGGAGAAGCAGCUUCUGAGGCGACGAACUGCAUGCAGCCUUCGCAUGUUGUGGUUGAAAGCUUCGAGGGAGUGGGGGAGACUCUUCAGGGCGCCACCGUCGAGUCGGCAGAGAGCGUAAAAAGCGAGAGUGGUGAGGGAGACAACCCGUUCAUCAUCGACACCCCCUGCUCGGUCAGCACCGUGUGUACAGACACCCCACGCAGGCAGCGAGGGAGAUCACGCGAGUGAUCUGCCGGCCCGCGUGCAGCGGACAGCGAGCUUUGAAGGGAGUGGAGGAGAGAAGCAAAGAAGUCUUGCUGGCAGGAGAAGCAAAUCUACAGGGUCGACGCUGAGCAGUGGGAGCGACGAGAAACGCAUCUGGUUGACCGCCUGAGCGUACACCAGGAGACGAUAAGGGCAGAGAGCCGCUCCGCGAGCCUGUUUGUGUGUGAAGGCAGUGUGCUGCAGAGAUAUUUGCAUGCGGCGAGAAGACGGGGAGGAAGCUGCAGGUGGAAUUCGAGCGCAGGCGAGAAACGCUACACAAAAGAGAAACAGCAUGUUGCCUGAGGAGCACAACCCGAGGUCGACGCGAGAGCCGAACCAGCGUUUCGACUGCGUAGACUUUUCUCGCGCGUUGACGAGCGCUCAGGAGAGCGACAAACACCACCAGGAGAGUCUUACGUACAAACGCGCAUAUGUUGUUAUGCACGUAAACGUCUUUGUAUGUCUGUGCAUGUGUGUGGAAAAUGCAUGCCGGUGUAUUAUACUUAGAUAGUUCAGGGUGCUUCGUGGCGCGAGGCCUUUGAACGCAUGCGAGCGCGACAACCGGAGAACUGGAAAACAAAUGAAUUGCAUGCAGAGUGCCGUCCAAGUGGCAGACUGCAUGGGGAGGGCAGGGAGGAGCAUCGACGCUCCAAGCGGAUUUUGAGAUUCGUUUUUCUUGUCACUCGGCUCUAUGGGAACGGUGGUAGGGCAAGAAUGAGAGUCGCAAAUUAUCGACGAUCAGCGCUUUUUAGUCCAUAUAUAUAUAUGUAUAUAUAUCGGUCAACUGUUUCACCGAUAACUCAUCAGAAGUUCAGGAAAAACGAACUAUGGAUCAGACCCUCAGAGUUCACGCACGGUACUGGGAAGUAGGCGGUCGCGUUAUGCCGUUGAAGAACGAGUUCCGAAUCCUAUUUUUAGCUCACAAGUAGCGAGAUGUUCAGAGCAAACACGGGGAAACAGUUCGAUUUCAAGGACGCACGGGUGAGUGAACUGCACCGACAAGGUCGCUCACGAGCGUGUACACAAAUUUGUCGAAGAGUGGGGAGUGGGACGCAGGCGCUAAGUUCCUCGCUGAAGAACGUCUCUUGUGCAUGUGCAAGCGGGUGUCUAGCCCAAACAAAUAAGCGGAUGCAGGUGGGAGAAACUCGUUGGCAGCUGAAAACCGUGCGCGUCCAUAUCUACGGACAUAAGCGUCCUCCUUUGACACGUGCUGGCAGUGGCAGCAGCAACGUCCCCAACAUGCCGCCUGCUGUGCGUAACAAAACGUGAGAUAGCAGAGCCGAUUCUCGGUUCUUUUCGAUGUUACUAGAAAAGAUCGAGCGUUCUAAUUGGCCUCCGAUUCAGGUGAACCCAAUAAUUGCAGGGGGUUGGGUUUCCAGCUGGCUCCUGGCGGUACAUGUGUGUAGCUUCGCCGACCACGUGCGUCUCCUUCGUAGACAGCGUGGGAACUAACGGUCUCCCUCCACAAGAAAAGGAUGAAUCUCAACUGCUGAAACAUUCAGAGUCGGCAACGGAGAAACGAAGGUGUUCAGGAAUUCUGGUCACAGCCGGUGGUGGAGAGUUCCCCUUCCCUGUUUCCGUGUCACCCCUUGACGAGGCAACACACACGUUACCUCCCAAAAACCUACCUCUCCACUGUCCGCAGCGUUGCUCGGAAAAGUGGCAAAUCUGUGCGCGUUUUUAGUUUUCGUGCUACAGAAGGUGACCCACACGCGAUGAGGGUCUUGUGAAGUGGGCUUUUGAGUGGUCGAAAGCAUACAGCUCUGCAACUGCAAAACGGUUUCACAUGCUCGGGGUUGACGAACAAAGCCGGACCUGGCAGAAGGAUCUAUACAAGAACUCUCGGGCGGCAUCCCCUUCAGUGUCUGACAGUGAAAACAGGGUUUCUUUUCCAGCACUCCCGAAAAAAGCUUUCAGUCGCACUUUCGAUCAGCGCUCGCAGAGCACGCACAAGUCCCUCACAACGGCCUUUGAGGCGCCGCGCACUUGCCAGCGUGAGAGCAGCUCCACGCGCCUGACAAGUACCGAUUUCCACCUCUGAAUAGUCUUCGAGUCUCUCGAAAGCGGAUCUACAUUUUUCAUAAGGAAACGGGAAAUCACAAAAGUGGAAUACGGAGGAGGGCCGUGGGAUAUCCGAGGGCUGGGGUUGGCAAUGUGGAAGAGGAGUUCACACCUCAUGCUACGUUUUUAGAAAGACUGUUUUUUACAGCUCACCAAACGGCGUCGAAACUCUGGUUUGUUUCAUUUUUUCUCAUCUUGACUGUUCCUGUGCGGUGGGAGGAACA